UAUUACUUUGAAUACAUAUUUACUGUUCUUAUUCCCUAAUAAACUUUAUAAACACAUUUUGUAAGUUAUUAUGUUAUUUUAUAUCAUAUCCGAAAAUAUUAUUUGUAAAUUUCGAUGCGCCGUGCAUCUUACACAGUCGGGUGAGUAGUCGGAAAUCCCGCCACUUAUUUUAUAUGACAAAAAUGCAAGGGUUUUUUAAGUUUUUUUUUCAAGUAUAAGAAAAGAAAUAUUUCGUACUUAAAAUUUUUUUUAUAAUAGUAAACAGUAUGAAGUUUUUAUUAGACUAAUUUAUUUAGUAAACAUAUAUUUAUUUAUUAAACAUAGUAAAUAAUACUUAGUAAAUUAAAUUUUCGAUAGCUACGGCGUAUAUACCGACUUUACCCUAUGCAAAUUUAGCAGUCUUAAUUCAUCUCAUAUUUACAAUAUUGCAAAUGUAUUCUAAGAAUAGAUCGAUCUAAAAACAAUAAGCAGAUUUUCAUAAGUUUGCCACCACAUUAAUAAUGUAAGAGCGUGAAUAUAAAAAAAUAGCGCUGCAAUAAAUUAGAGUCGAAAUCGAGAAUCGCAUUAAGAAUGCCCGAGCAAAUAUUACAUAUUCAUGUAUUUUGGAUUAGAUAUGGGACUUGUUUUUAUAGCGUUGUAAUAUUUAUUGCUUAAUACUAAAUUGUAGCUGUUUAGUAUGUUUGGAAAAUACAUAGCACCUUGAAAAUAACAAACAUCCACGAAGGUAUAUAUAGCUGCUUCGAUUUCGUUUCUUCAUUAUCGUGCGCUACUCGAGACGCGUUCAACAGCCAAUUCGCUCUUCGAUAUGUCGGUCAAGGGUUUGAGACUCUUUUAUUUCAUUGCCGUGAGCAUAAUCGUGUCAUUUUGUCGGGCAAUCGAGCAAUCGCGACCGGAACAAUACCACAGUGUUUACGGCAAGGAUUUGAGCGGACACGAGUUAAAAAAUAUACUUGAUUUUGGUAUCGGAAUUUUGAAAUUUCUGGCGCAAGGCGAACGUUAUAGAAAUGAGGAGAUACCGGACGCGAAUCUGCAAUUCGGAGCCGAGUACGAUUUUAUAGUAAUUGGCGCCGGUACGGCUGGCGCUACGAUAGCUGCGAGAUUAAGUGAGAUUUAUCAGGUUGAAGUGUUGUUGAUCGAAGCUGGAUCUAACGAGAAUUUGCUGAUGGACCUCCCGCUUUUCGUUCAUUUGCUCCAGCUAAACAAUGAUAUUAACUGGAAGUAUCAAACAAAAUCGUCUUACAAAUACUGUCUCGGUAUGAGUGACAAUAGUUGCAAUUGGCCUAGAGGAAGAGUGAUGGGCGGCAGCAGUGUGCUGAACUACAUGAUCGCAACCAGAGGCGGCGCCGAAGAUUACGAUCGAUGGGCUGAGAUGGGGAAUAAAGGCUGGUCUUACAAGGAGGUCUUGGAAUACUUUAAAAAGCUGGAGACAAUGGAUAUCUUAGAGCUCCAAUCGGACACUACUUAUCACGAAACUAAGGGACCGGUGAAUAUCUCUUACUCGCCAUUCCAUACGAUACUGGCAAAGGCCUUCUUGAAAGCCGGCAAGGAGCUGGGUUAUCCGAUAUUGGACUAUAACGGGAAAAAUAUGAUAGGUUUCUCGUAUUUGCAGCUUACGACUAAAAAUGGUAGUCGUUUGAGCAGCAACAGAGCUUACCUACAUCCUGCGAGACAUCGUCGCAAUCUUCACGUGACACGCGAUAGCACGGUGAGAAAAGUGCUGAUCGAUCAUCGCAAGAAUCGCGCGAUUGGCGUAGAGUUGAUCAAACAUCGUCAAGUUAUCCAAGUGUUUGCGAGAAAAGAGGUGAUCUUGUGCGCGGGUGCCAUUGGAUCACCACAAUUACUGAUGCUGUCCGGCAUCGGACCGGCUAAACAUCUCAGCGAGCUCGGCAUAAACGUUGUUCAGGACUUGCCGGUAGGUGAAAAUUUGAUGGAUCACGUGGGUUUCGGCGGGCUAACGUGGACAGUGAAUGAUCCGAUAGGUAUAGAAAUGUUCGACAUGAUACAGCCCACUAAUCCGUAUAUGGGAGACUUCCUGAACAAGCGCUCAGGACCAUUUACACUCCCGGGUGCGUGCGAGGCUCUCGCUUUCAUCGACACCAAGAAUCUAAAGGAACGCGAUGGUUUGCCGGACAUGGAACUGCUAUUUAUCGGUGCUGGAUUAAAAACAGAUCAUUUUCUUCCAAUUGUAAUGGGUAUCAACCAUCGAAUACGUCAGAUGUGGCAGAAAUAUGUCGGCGGUCACGGUUGGACCAUACUACCGAUGUUGUUGAAACCAAAGAGUCGUGGAAGAAUAAGACUACUGGCCAACGACAUUAACGUUAAACCCGAGAUCGUCCCGAAUUACUUUGACCACCCGGAAGAUGUUAAAACAAUGAUAGCUGGCAUUAGAGCUGCAAUAAGUGUCGGUCAGACAGAAACAAUGCAGAUGCUUGAUUCACGAUUGACGAAUGAUACUUAUCCGGGAUGCAAAAAUUACGAAUAUGACUCUGACGAUUAUUGGGAGUGUGCGAUAAGAACACUGUCUACCACCAUCUACCAUUUUACUGGUACUUGCAAGAUGGGACCGAGAGGAGAUCCAACUGCUGUCGUCGAUCCUAGAUUAAAGGUGAUCGGUGUUGAAGGACUGCGAGUAGCAGACGGUUCUAUCAUGCCCGAGAUUGUAUCGGCGCACGUAAACAUACCAAUCUAUAUGAUUGCCGAGAAGCUGGCAGACAUAGUCAAGGAUGAAUGGGGAUACUCGAACAAAUCACAAACGCGAGAUAAAAAAAACCCUUAACAUGCCGAAAAACAGCACGGUGCCUGGCUUAGCUCAUCUACCGAGAGGAGUAUCGAAAACCGCGGGAGGGUUCCUCGAGGCUAGAAGAAAAAUAGACGGUGCCGAAGGAUUAUGGAGAAUCGGCGACAAUCUCUACGAUUUAGAAGCCUUUGCAAAAUCGCAUCCGGGUGGACCUGAAUGGCUUCGGCUGACGAAAGGAACAGACGUCACCGAGUUGUUUGUGAGCCACCACAUCA